AUGGUGUUGUCAGUGCUACUUGGCGUCACCUUCUCUAAAACCGUAGUCAUCACUGUUGGCGGAAAUACCACCAGCAACCCUGGGCUAGUUUUCAGCCCAGAAAGUGUUGUCGCGAACCAGGGCGAUACUGUCCUUUUUAACUUCACGCAAGGCAACCACACCGUCACGCAAUCAAGCUUUGCUUCCCCUUGCAUACCUAUUCACGAGACUGACGGUACUGCCAACGGCUUCGACUCUAGUUUCCGGGACGCAGGAAAUGGCACCGCUAUCACAAAUCUCCCCGUCACGGUUACCGACCCUAACAUGACGAUCUGGUUCUUCGAUUACAAUACCUGCGCUCUUGGAGGAGUCGGUGGGAUCAAUGUUAACGAAAGCUCCUAUCAAACCCUUCAAGGUUUUCAGCGGAAUGCGGUUCGUCUGAAUGGAACUGCCAAAACUUCCACUUCUACUACGCGCUCUCAAACUCGGACAACAACGCAGACAACCCAAACCCACUCCUCGUCUGCCACACAGGCCAUACGGUGGGGUGGAUCAGCUGUUGCCCCCCUUCUCCUUGCCCUUUUGGUACUCUGA